AACAUGGCCGCCGCGAUGGCGGUUUGCGCUCGCUCUCACUGCGCAGGCGCGGUAGUUCCCUCUUGCGCUCUGAUGGUGACUCUUUGGCGGCGGUGCUCCCGACUUCUCGUUCCAGAAGUUUCUCUAAUUCGGCGGCGCUCGGAGGAGCGAGAUGGCGGCGGAGGGGAGCUGACUGCAGCAAUAGAACAGGAUUCGGAUAAAGCAGAAUAUUACUGCCAAAGAGCCUAUGCAUAUAUAUUGCUUCAGAAUUAUAAAGAGGUUGUCGAAGAUGCCAACAAAGCGCUCAUGUUGAAACCAAACUGUGCUUUGGCAUAUCUUAGAAAAGGAAUUGCGGAGUAUCACUUAAAAAUGUAUCAGUCAUCAAUGGAGUCCUUUACAAGAGGACAGGAGCUAGAUGAUGAAAAUGCUAACUUUAACACUUGGAUCAAAACUUGCAAGGAAAACCUGGAUUCAACAGGCCAGCAAGAUGGAAAUGAUGAAGAGACACACAAACAACGGAAGGCAGCACCAAAAAUAAAACAUGAUUGGUAUCAGACAGAUUCUCAUGUUAUCGUCACAAUAAUGAUCAAGAAUGCAAGCAAGGAUGAUGUGAAGGUCGAGUUUGCUGAAAGAAAUGUGAGUGCAUCAGUGAAGCUUUCACCAGAAAAUCAUUACAGUUUGAAACUCAACCUUCUACAUCCCAUAGCAACUCCGUAUUGUGCAGUCAAAGUGUUGGGAACAAAGAUUGAAAUAAAACUGAAAAAAACUGAAGCCAUUCGAUGGGAAAAGCUGGAAGGUGUCCUCCCAGAUGUAAAGCACUUCGUGCCAGUGCAGCCGCAGCGGUAUCCAUCCUCAUCUCACUGCACAAAGAAUUGGGAUAAGCUAGUAAUGGAGAUUAAACAGGAGGAGAAUGAUGAGAAACCUGAGGGAGAUGCUGCUCUAAACCAGCUCUUUCAGAAAAUCUAUGCUGAUGGGUCUGAUGAAGUGAAGCGUGCUAUGAAUAAGUCAUUUACUGAAUCUGGAGGUACCGUUCUAAGCACAAAUUGGACCGAAGUGGGCAAAAAAACAGUGGCUGUGAAUCCUCCAGAUGACAUGGAGUGGAAGAAACUUUGAUGUUUAAGCUUAGUGCGGUGUUUGUCACGGUUAAUUCAACUUUAAAAGCAGCUUAUGAACUUUUUCCUUCUGUUUCAACACUGAUUAUGUACUAGACAAUGCCUUAGGCUUGGAUGAUCUUUGCAUGGAUUUGAUGCAUUCUUGAGUCGGACAUUAAUGUUAGAAGUUCAAGAUUUUUUCACUUUUACAUAUUUUAAUGUUAAAGUGUCAGCAGUUUCCACCCACUGAAUAAAUUGGGUAUGCAUACAUAUAUGGUGUUGCUGCAUGUGUGAAUAGUUUUAUAUCAACCCUUGUUUGCAUAUCCAUUGAUUUCACCCACCUAACUAUUUGCUCUUGUCAUGCUGAUGCAGAGUUUUUUUGAAUAUUAUACAAGCGUGCUGCAUCUAACAUUGAUGUGGUUUUAUUUUGCUCAUGAGGCAGACUGGCAUACAUUGCAAUUGGGCUUCAGUUGCAUUAAUAUGAAUUAUUUGGUGUCAUUUUUGCGGUGGAACUUUGAACCAGUGAAGGACUGAUAAAGUAAACAAUAAGAAAAUGUCAAAACAAAGUAAAAUCACACCAAUUUUUUCAUUUUGCAAUUGAAUGUUUGUUUUCCUGUUUAGGGUUGAUUUUGUUAAAUUAAUCUUUUUGCUUUGACUACUCAUUUUGCUUUGGUUUCAUGAACUCUUUAAGACUUGAUGGACAAAUGUAAAUACAUUGCCUCUUUACUUCA